AUGUCCUCAGUCUUUGGAUUGGACAUCACUGGUAACACCAUCGAGUAUGGACCACUCACACUUCAAAUCGGAGAUCUUAAUGUUCAUCCUAACGUUUACUUCUCCAUUGUCAAUAACUUGGCAACAGUUAUUGGUGGCAACCUUGAUAUAGAAGGUUCGUUCUUCGUGACCAGCACCAACGGACUUGCUUCUGGUGUCGUGGUUGCAAGCGGAACCAUCCACAACUCUGGUGUAAUUGCCUUUAAUGCUUUGAGUGCCAAUAUUGCUUCUACUUACAACUUUGCUAGUAUCGGCGAAUUCUCGAACUCUGGAAAGUUGUUCUUCGGUUCUGCUUUCGGAUUAUUGGCACCAGCUACACCAUUCACUGUCACAUCAGCUAUCGGUUGGGAAAACACGGGUUUGAUGUACUUCAAGCAGAAUAGUGGUAACCCAUCUUUGGUUGCACUUACUUCAGCCCUUGGUAACGGUAUUCUUACCAUUACUAACGAAGGAACAAUUUGCUUAGAGAACACAUACUACCUUCAGUCAACUAACGUUGUGGGUGGAGGUUGUUUUGUCGCUCGUGAUCGUGGUACUGUUCAAUUGGCUGUCAAUGUUGGCGACGUCUUGUUCAACUUCGACGAAGACCAGUCUGUUUACCUCGAGACAUCCUCGUCUACUUUGAAUGUGUUAGGAUUAUCUCUCUCCCUUCUUAGUGUACCAGUGAUUAAGGUUUAUGGAUUCGGCAAUGGAAACAGAAUUAGUAUCAACUUAGUUUUCAUCGGAAGAAGUUAUGACUCAAGCUCUGGUAUUUUGACUUUGAGUCUCUCUGGUUUGUUACAAGUGAAAUUCGAUAUUGGAACUGGUUACAAUUCAAACAACUUCAGAAUCAAUGGAGUCCUUGGAAUCGCUACCCAAAUUUGGACCAACGACGCGCCACCAGCUGGCAAUACCGUUCCAAAUGUAUGCUUGUGUGAGGACUUCCCUGUUCCUCCAACAUCUACUUCUACUAUCUCUUCCAGCACCUCUGUGCCCAGCAACACUAGCGACCAAAGCAGCACUGUUGAGCCCAGCAACACCUCUGAGUCUAGCAGCAGCUCUGAAACGGGAAGCUCCAACACUAACACUGGUAGCUCCGAGACUGGCAGCAGCUCCAACACCAACACUGGUAGCUCCGAGACCGGUAGCUCCAGCACUAACACUGGCAGCAGCUCCAACACUAACACUGGUAGCUCCGAGACUGGCAGCAGCUCAAACACCAACACUGGUAGCUCCGAGACUGGCAGCAGCUCCAACACCAACACUGGUAGCUCCGAGACCGGUAGCUCCAACACUAACACUGGCAGCAGCUCCAACACCAACACUAACACUGGUAGCUCCGAGACUGGCAGCAGCUCCAACACUAACACUGGUAGCUCCGAGACUGGCAGCAGCUCCAACACUAACACUGGUAGCUCCGAGACUGGCAGCAGCUCCAACACUAACACUGGUAGCUCCGAGACUGGCAGCAGCUCCAACACUAACACUGGUAGCUCCGAGACUGGCAGCAGCUCCAACACUAACACUGGCAGCAGCUCCAACACUAACACUGGUAGCUCCGAGACUGGCAGCAGCUCCAACACCAACACUGGUAGCUCCGAGACCGGUAGCUCCAACACUAACACUGGCAGCAGCUCCAACACCAACACUAACACUGGUAGCUCCGAGACUGGCAGCAGCUCCAACACUAACACUGGUAGCUCCGAGACUGGCAGCAGCUCCAACACUAACACUGGUAGCUCCGAGACUGGCAGCAGCUCCAACACUAACACUGGUAGCUCCGAGACUGGCAGCAGCUCCAACACUAACACUGGCAGCAGCUCCAACACUAACACUGGUAGCUCCGAGACUGGCAGCAGCUCCAACACCAACACUGGUAGCUCCGAGACCGGUAGCUCCAACACUAACACUGGCAGCAGCUCCAACACCAACACUAACACUGGUAGCUCCGAGACUGGCAGCAGCUCCAACACUAACACUGGUAGCUCCGAGACUGGCAGCAGCUCCAACACUAACACUGGUAGCUCCGAGACUGGCAGCAGCUCCAACACUAACACUGGCAGCAGCUCCAACACUAACACUGGUAGCUCCGAGACUGGCAGCAGCUCCAACACCAACACUGGUAGCUCCGAGACCGGUAGCUCCAACACUAACACUGGCAGCAGCUCCAACACCAACACUAACACUGGUAGCUCCGAGACUGGCAGCAGCUCCAACACUAACACUGGUAGCUCCGAGACUGGCAGCAGCUCCAACACUAACACUGGCAGCAGCUCCAACACCAACACUAACACUGGUAGCUCCGAGACUGGCAGCAGCUCCAACACUAACACUGGCAGCAGCUCCAACACCAACACUGGUAGCUCCGAGACCGGUAGCUCCAACACUAACACUGGUAGCAACACCGACACCAACACUGGAGGUAACACCGACACCAACACUGGAGGUAACACGAACACCAACACUGGUAGCUCCGAGACUGGCACCAACACUGGAGGUAACACCAACACAAUCACUAACACAGGUGGCAGCUCAGAAACUGGCACCCACACUGGUGGUAACACUAACACCAACACUGGAGGUAACACUAACACCAACACUGGAGGUAACACUAACACCAACACUGGAGGUAACACUAACACCAACACUGGAGGUAACACUAACACCAACACUGGUGGUAACACUAACACCAACACUGGUGGUAACACUAACACCAACACUGGAGGUAACACUAACACCAACACUGGUGGUAACACUAACACCAAUGGCGGAGGUCAACCAACUACCACAUCCAGUACAACAGCAACAAGUACUAAUGGUUCUGGCUCUGGCUCCGGCUCUGGCUCUGGUUCUGGUAAUGGAUCUGGCUCUGGCUCUGGAUCAGGCUCUGGAUCAGGAUCAGGAUCAGGAUCAGGAUCAGGCUCUGGUAAUGGAUCUGGCUCUGGAUCAGGCUCAGGCUCUGGAUCAGGCUCCGGUGAAGGUUCCGGCUCUGGAUCUGGCUCAGGCUCUGGAUCUGGCUCAGGUUCAGGAUCAGGAUCAGGCUCAGGUGAAGGUUCUGGAUCAGGCUCUGGUGAAGGUUCUGGAUCAGGCUCUGGUGAAGGUUCUGGAUCAGGCUCAGGCUCAGGCUCAGGCUCAGGAUCAGGAUCAGGCUCAGGCUCAGGCUCAGGCUCAGGCUCAGGAUCAGGAUCAGGAUCUGGCUCUGGCUCUGGCUCUGGCUCUGGCUCUGGUGAAGGUUCUGGCUCUGGCUCCGGCUCGGGUUCCGGCUCUGGCUCUGGAUCAGGCUCAGGCUCUGGAUCUGGCUCUGGCUCCGGUGAAGGUUCCGGCUCUGGAUCUGGCUCAGGCUCUGGAUCUGGCUCAGGUUCAGGAUCAGGAUCAGGCUCAGGUGAAGGUUCUGGAUCAGGCUCUGGUGAAGGUUCUGGAUCAGGCUCUGGCUCUGGCUCUGGCUCAGGCUCCGGUGAAGGUUCUGGCUCUGGCUCCGGCUCGGGUUCCGGCUCUGGCUCUGGAUCAGAAUCAACUCCAUCAGUUAUCGCAACAGGUCUGGCACCUAUUAUCAAGAUCUCAACAUCGGUGUUGUUUGCAACCGUGUUGAGUUUGAUCAUGAUCCUUGAGAACUCAAGAGCCUCAAGAAUUGCGUGGCUCUUGCAAGAAUUGAACCUCGACUAUGAAAUCAAAGUUUACCCUAAAACCUUGAACGGUGUGGGUUCAGAGGAGCUACUUGAAGUUUUUCCCACAGGUGUUUCGCCAGUGUUAACCAUUAUCCGAGAAGGUCGUGAACCAAAAACUAUAGGCGAGUCGGGUCACAUUGUUAGCUAUUUGAUUGAAAAUUUUGAUCCUAGUGGUAAGUUCAAGCCAGUUACCGAUGAUGACAAAGAAUUGAUGGACUUUUACUUGCAUUUUUCUGAGGCAAGUUUGCAAUCCCAUUUAAUAUCCAUGUUUGUUGGAAGUGUCGCCAGAAAGCAGGUCCCCUGGCCCAUCAGCAUCAUAACCGACCAGUUGCUUUUAAAGAUGAAUUCCGCUUACUACGCUAAGAAGCUCAAUAUUAACUUCAAGUACUUGGAUAGCCAGUUGGAGAAGAAAGGUGGAGGAUACUUCGUGGGUGACCACUUGACCGGUGCAGACUUCAUGUUGGAUUUCCCUAUCAACGCGUGUCUCUUUGUUGGACUGGACAUUAGCAGAGAGAUUGCAUCAGGGGAUGUGAAGGAAGAGUUUCCAAACUUGUAUAAGUGGCAUCAAAUGAUUUUGAAGGAGCCAUCGAGACUCGAGGCUGAGAAGAAGGCUAAGUCCAAAUUGUAA